CUCAGCUUGCCUCGCUGCUCGCACUGGCAUCUAUUGUCGGUGGCUAUCUCGUGCUUCUGAAUCUUGAGCUUGUCUCGAUCUACCAUCCCAACUCUGGCCAAACACGCUCUCUGACAGUAGCAGACGCUUCUGGACACUCAGUUUCUUGCACCUCAUCUUGAAGUGCUGAAACAGGGUCUCUUGCCAUAGUAUGUGGGAACGUACACUCCAGGAUCUUAUUCGCGGUCUGCGCGCCAACAAGAAGGAUGAAAGCAAGUUCAUCGCUCAAGCUGUGGACGAGAUCCGGACGGAAACCAGAAGCAAAGACAUGGAGAUCAAGGCUGCUGCUAUACUGAAGCUCACAUACUUGCACAUGCUUGGGUAUGACAUGAGUUGGGCGUCCUUCCAUGUCGUUGAGGUUAUGUCGGCUCCACGAAUACACCUCAAGACUAUCGGGUAUUUGGCAGCAGCACAGUCUUUCCAGCAGGAUACGGACGUUCUGAUGCUCACUACAAACUUGCUCAAGAAGGACUUAGGCUCAAGACCAGAAGAGGUAGCCAUCGCAUUAAAUGGGCUAUCGCACAUCGUGACAUCCGAAUUGGCUCGGGACCUAUCCCCGGAACUUGUCGCUAUGCUCAACCAUUCGCGCCCACAUAUACGGAAACGAGCGGUCCUAGCUAUGUACAAGGUUGUCACUAAAUACCCGGACGUCCUCCCUUCCAGCAUGAGCAGGCUCCGAGACAAGUUAGAUGAUCCCGAUCCCGGCGUUGUAGCGGCGACGGUAAACGUUUUGUGCGAGUUAGCCCCCCAAAGUCCUAGAGACUACCUUCCACUGGCACCGCAGUUAUUUCAUCUUUUGACUACCUCUUCAAACAAUUGGAUGUUGAUCAAAAUCAUCAAACUUUUUGGGACUCUAACGCCGUAUGAGCCCCGGCUGGUGAAGAAACUACAACCACCGAUAACUGAUCUUAUCUCCACGACGUCAGCAAUAUCUCUCCUAUAUGAAUGUGUGCGUACAUGCAUCAUAGGUGGCAUGCUCCUGGGUCUUGCAGGGAACGCGCUUGCCCAAACAUGUGUCACGAAGUUGGCUGGAUUCUUGCAGGAUGCCGAUCAAAACUUGAAGUACAUCGCUUUGCUCGCAAUGGUUAAGAUCGUUCCCACCCACCCGGAGCUUGUAGCAGAAUAUCAGGAUAUGAUCUUGUCCAGUGUCAACGACGAAGACAUCAGUAUCAGGAUGCGAGCCUUGGACUUAGUCUCUGCUAUGGUCAGCCGACACAAUUUGCAGCCCAUCGUGCAGCACCUCUUAUCCCAUCUGGUCAAAACGGAAUCUGUGGCCCUUCCGUCCGCCUCGGAGGCGCUCUCUCAGUUCGGGCCAUCUCAAGACAUUCCAGCGGCUCGACUUGGCGGACUUCCCUCUCAAUCUCCGGCCUAUCGUCUGACGCUAGCCCAACGGAUCUUAUCGCUCGGCUCACAGGACUUGUACGACAACGUCACAGACUUUGAGUGGUACAUCUCCGUUCUCGUUGAUCUCGCUUAUGUCGCACGUGUGAGCAUCGGUGCCGAGAUUCGUGAACAGCUCGUCGAUAUCACCGGUCGAGUGCGUGCAGCGCGCCGAUAUGCUGUUCAAGUCAUGGCAAAGCUCCUCGGCGAUGAUUCGUUCUUACACAAUGCCUCCGACGACGGCGGGUGCCCAGAGGUGCUCUGGGCGGCGGCGUGGAUCUGCGGCGAGUAUUGCAGCGAACUUGCGGAGCCACACAAGCUUCUGUCAUCCCUCUUGCAGCCUCGCAUCUUGUCGUUGCCUUCGGACAUCGUCGCCGUCUAUCUGCAUGCGGCGAUGAAGGUUUUCGGUUCAUGGGCGACAGAACUCGCCGAUCGCUGGGACGACGAUGACUUGCCCAGAGUCCGUGGAGUCGUCGACGACGUCGUGGGGCGCCUCUCAAGCAUUGUGACGCACACCGACAUCGAGGUGCAGGAACGGGCCGCUGAGCUGCUCCAACUCUUCACGUUCAUCCGCGCAGAUCUGAGCGCAUACAAGCCGCAGCCGCGCAAUACUAGCAAGUAUGGCGAGUCGAGCAUGAGCCCAGGCGCGGAAGGCUUCGGCGAGCCCUCGUCGACCGCGUCUGCGUCUACAUCUCCGGCAUCGGAGCCCCACUUUCCGAAGAGCCUAUACCUCAUCAGACCGCUCUUCGGUGCGUACGAACUCAACGCGGUCGCGCUCUCGGCCCAGGCGAGCUUGCCGAUUCCCGAAGGUUUGGAUCUGGAAGCAUGGAUCGUGCCUUUCAAGGAAGACCCCACCCCCCUGGCUGGGGAUGCCACGGACGAGGCGCUCGAGGGGAAGAAGGGUAAGAAAGGUAAGCGAAAGGAGGGUGAGAAAGGCGCAGGGAAGUCGAAGCGCAAGGGGAAGGCGCGGGCGAGUGGUGGCGCGGAUGACGAAGAGGAUCAGGCGGUCGAUGGGAACGGACACGACGUGGUAGUCCAAUUGGUCGAGACUGAGAAGGAGCGGGCUGAGCGCGAGCGCCGGAAGGCCGAGCGGCUGGAACGGCUGCGGGACGACCCCUACUACCUGAUGGACGACCGUCCUCCUUUGACAAAGUUUGGCGCCGCCGACGUGGAGUCUAUACCGGUGGUCAAGCUAGACGACCUGCCGCCACUGUCCACAGCUAUAGCACCAACAGCGCGCCUACCCAGCUUGCGAAGCUCCCCUGCACCGCCCGCACAGACGUUCGUCAUCGACAAAACGGGUGAGAUGCCCGAGGGCGCAGUGCGCACUGCGUCAACCCCUGUGUCCCCACAGCCUCAGCGCCCUGGAGUGAGGGUAGGCUCUCCUUCGCCCUCGUAUGGGAUGUAUGGGAACGGGAGUACGUCACGAUCGGCAACUCCCCCCCUUGGGGCAAGUGUGGCCGUUCCCCUGCCGUCACGCUUUCCGGCUUACGACUUGGACGCGGACGAGCCCCGGCCCAGAACACCCGAGGCGAUCAAAGUGACAAAGGUCAAGAAGAAGGGGACGACAGGGAGUGGCGGCGGCGGGAAGGAAAAGAAGGCCAAGAAACGGAUAGCGGCCAAGCCGUCGGAGUCGGAGUCGCUCGCGCAGUGAUUUGCAUUGGUUGCGCUAGCCUCUUUGUCGAAGGGCGGGUGCGCUGCGCAGGACAUGAGUCUAACGUGAUGUGGACUGUCAUUGUCCGUUUCAGGGCUCGGGCGCGAGUGGAAGGCGAGUGGAAGCAGUCUAGUCAGUCUAACCAUAUCAUUGUCCGAGUCUGUAAGCUGUAGUGGGAAUACACGGUUGUUUGCUUUGUUU